GUAAUGUCAGAAUUAUGGCGACGGGAAAAGAACACGAGCUACAAAAAGUCAGUGACUCCUUCGGAGCACUGCGAAGGAGGGCCAAAGAACUAGGAAUUAAAGAUUCGCAGCUGACGAAAUUAACAUCUUUGAGGAACCUCCGUAAAAGACGAUCAACUUGUCUUGUUUUUACCAGCUUUGUCUUUGGUUUGGUGGGAAUAUUGACAGGAUUCGGAUUGAUAUUUUAUCAACAAGGCUUGCUUUCGAAUCAAUCUCUGUGGAAAGUUGCCGAGUAUGUCUUGGAUUUUGACAUCGAGAAAGACUUUUGUGUCAUUCCGUACCCUGAGAUAAUUUUGGACAUGUUUCGUCCGCCCGUAGAAUGCGCCAUUUGCGAAGACGUGCACCAAGUCGAUAGAGUUUCGUUGCUCUCAAGAGAGGAAUUCGUUCGAAAAUAUGCUUACACCUCGAGACCGGUGGUCAUCACAGACGGAACAAAGGAUUGGACUGCUUCUCAACAUUUUAGUUUCGAUUAUUUUAAGUCAAUUUACGGUCCUGAAAGCCCAGUUUUGUUGUCAGAAGAUCAGAAGUGUCAAUUCUUUCCCUACAAGACAAACUUUAAGUCCCUCCAAGAAGUUUUCAACAUGUCUAAAGAAGAUGCAAAUAUGAAGGGAAAUCCAUGGUAUAUCGGAUGGUCUAACUGUGACUCCUCAGCUGCUAAUGAACUUCGUAAACAUUACAAAAUGCCAUAUUUUCUGCCUGAGACUUCAGAAUCAAGCAAGACUGAUUGGUUGUUCAUGGGCUGCCCAGGAUAUGGUGCUCAUUUACAUAUUGACAAUGUAGGGAACCCUUCCUGGCAAGCUCAAAUUAAGGGAACCAAAAAGUGGACUUUGGAGCCCCCACCAGAAUGUGCCAAUGUUUGUGAUCCAAAGCUUGAGGUGACAGUUAACUCAGGAGAAAUAAUUGUUUUGGACACAAACAAGUGGUUUCACCAGACAGACAUUGUUGGCAAGGAACUAAGCAUAACUAUUGGGUCUGAAUAUGACUAAAUGCUCUAUUUUAAACACUGAAUACAAAUAUGGCGGACUAAUUGGUGCAUGGGUUAAGUUCCACCAAAGCAAAGGUAGUCAGGCAUCUGGUUUGAAUCAUGUGGAAGAUUUUACUCCCUUUGGUUGGCAUCUGGGAACCCAAAAAACUUGUAGUCUUAGCUUUUCAAGGGCUACAUUUACAAAACAAAACCUAACCUACCAAGUAAUCUGCAAAUUUGCAUUCUGUCUAUGAUCAAUAUUGAAAUACCAAGACUCAAAAUGGGUUUCAAAUAACAUAAUUGUAGGGGUUUGGUUGUAAAGCCUUAAGUUGCUUUUGAUGCAACAUGAAAUUCUCCUUGAGUGUCAUAUUUUGUAAUACAAUCUCAUUUGGAAGGAGAAUCUAGCAGUUAUUCAAAAUCACUCAGGGCCUUUUCCAUGUACCCUGUCAGCUAGUCAGUAAAUUAACUUACUUUAUAGUUGCAGCUAUAUUUAAUACAAAUUCUUAUGUGGUUUAGGAAUUAAUUUUGAUGGGAAAUUUGAAAUCCCUUUAGAACUGAAACAAGCAAACAAA